AUGAUUCGUUUCUCGGUGGUUUUUCUUUUAUGUGUUGUGUCCUCCUAUGCUAUAAAAGUUGUGGACGUUGACACCAUUUGUAAGAAUGUCAAUGAUAACCCUCCAUUUUGUUUGAAUCUUCUCAAAUCAAAGAAUGGUACAGAUCUUGUUACCCUUGCUCAAUACACAAUUACCGUGGCACGUAUUGACUUGACAACCACAGUCAAUGUAAUCAACAAACUAAUUUCUCAAAGUGGCAGUGAUCUCAAAGCAAAAGACCAUUACGAGUAUUGUUUGAGUUUAUUUGGAACGGGAGGUGGUGGUGCUCUUAGUUUGCUCGGAGAUGGCGAACAACAUUUGAAGAAUGGAGACUACGAUUCGUUUAAUGUGCAAGUAAAUAGUAUCAUAGCUGAUUAUUCAGAAUGUAUUAAGGGAAGGACACCGGGUGUCCCACCUUACGAUGAUAAAUCUGUACUUCCAAAAUAUGCUGAAGUUGUUCAUGAUGUUGUUGAUAUUUUGUCUGCUAUAGCACUUUUUUUGGUAGAUUAG